AUGAAUUCCUAUUUUACAAACCCAUCUUUAUCCUGCCAUCUAACCAGUGGCCAAGAGGUGCUUCCCAACGUAGCCCUCAAUUCAACUGCCUAUGACCCUGUCAGGCAUUUUUCUACUUAUGGAGCAGCCGUUGCUCAAAACCGGAUUUAUUCUUCUCCUUUUUAUUCACCGCAAGAUAAUGUUGUGUUUAGCUCCAGCCGAGGACCUUAUGACUAUGGAUCUAAUGCUUUUUACCAAGAAAAAGACAUGCUUUCUAGCUGCAGGCAAAAUUCUAUGGGACAUAAUACACAGACAUCAAUCGCACAGGAUUUUACCAGUGACCAAAACAGGAACACUUCGCAAGAACAAAAAACUAGCAUUCAAAUAUACCCAUGGAUGCAGCGUAUGAACUCCCACAGUG